AUGUCUGGCCGAAGCAGAAGAGCAGCUUCGCGACGAGUUGUCGUCGAGGAAAGCGACAAUGAAGAAGAACAAGUCCAGCAGGAGGAAGAGGAAGAAGAAGAAGAAGAAGACCAGGAAGAAGAAGAGACUCCUCCGCCUCCACCUCCCAAGAAACGUGGUAGACCAUCAAGGACUUCAACUUCAGCGCCGUCACCAGCUAAGCCGCCUCCAAAACCACGUGGGAGACGAAAAGUCGCUCCGGACCCGGAACCAAAGAUUGAAGAAGUAGAGGAGCAAAUAGCUCUAGCGACUACGGAAGAUGCUAUGGAAUUCGAAUCUACACCUGCUCCAGAGACCAUUCCUACUCCCGUCCAAGUUUCUACACCGAGGCAGUCAGUGCCUCGGAGUAGUGUGCCUCCAGCGGAUACGAUAGUACUUGCUUCUCCAGCCCGGACUCAGCAGAUAUUGCGAACUCCAAUUAAACGGGCCCCAUCUCAUGAUGUACGAGCCGGAUCCCAAACCCCACAGAGCCCGAGCGUUGUCAAGUCGCCUUCUGUGAAUGGGAACAGCAGUGUCAAUGGCGACACCGGUGCUGCUACUCCAACAAAAGCCGAACCUCAAUCUCAAGUUCCUCCACAGGCUACUCCGAAACCGCGUAUUCCGACCCCUCCUCCACCCGAACCCGUAGGACCUAAGGCCCGUAUAGUUAUUACUCACCUUGUCAUGAUAAACUUCAAAUCAUAUGCCGGCAGACAAGAAGUUGGACCCUUCCACUCAUCGUUCACUUCAGUUGUCGGCCCCAACGGCUCCGGCAAAUCCAAUGUCAUCGACUCCCUUCUAUUUGUAUUUGGCUUUCGAGCUAGUAAAAUGCGUCAAGGCAAGCUUUCGGCGUUAAUUCACAACUCAGCCGGUCAUCCAAAUCUGGAAUUCUGCGAGGUCGAAGUCCAUUUCCAGGAAGUUAUCGAUUUACCGACGGGAACAGAAAUUAUUCCGGAUUCCACUUUGAUUAUCUCGCGAAAGGCUUUCAGGAACAACUCGAGCAAUUACUACAUUAACGGCAAAACCAGUAAUUACAAGAUAGUAACCAGCCUGCUCAAGGACCGGGGCGUGGACCUUGAUCAUAAACGUUUCUUGAUCUUACAGGGUGAAGUCGAAAGUAUAGCCCAGAUGAAACCGAAGGCUCAGGGUGAGCAUGACGACGGAUUACUCGAAUACCUCGAAGAUAUUAUUGGUACUUCCAAUUAUAAGCAACCUAUUGAAGAAUCUGCCGCUGAAGUUGAAAAGCUCAACGAAGUGUGCCAGGAGAAACAAUCGAGGGUACAGCUUGUACAAAAAGAAAAGGAUGGUUUGGAAGCUCCGAAGAACGCCGCGGUGGCAUAUAUCAACAACGAGAACGAGCUGGCAAUGAAGCAAGGUGCAUUGUAUCAGGUUUACAUGUCCGAUUGUGAGAACGUCAUUGCAGUUACUGAGGAUUCGAUGAAUCAGAUGCAGAUUAGCUUGCAGGAGGAGCAGGACAAACACCAGGGGAAGGAAGAGGAGGUUAAAGGGUUAGAGAAAGAUUACAAGAGGGGUGUCAAGGAGUUCGAGGACGUUGAGAAAAAAACAGCAGCAAUGGUUAAGGAAGCCGCGAAGUUCGAGAAAGAUACUGUCAAGUUCGAGGAACAAAAGAAAUUUCUGGUUAAUAAGCAGAAAAAAACGGAGAAGACUUUGAACUCGAGUCGAUUGGCAGGGUCGGAACAAGUGGGGCUUGUGCAGCGGUAUACUGACGAUGUCAACAGGAAUACGGCAGAGAUCGUAGAGUUGGAAAAUAGAAAGAAGCAAGAGGAAUUAGUUCUUCAACAAAUUCGUGAUGAGCUAGCCCACAAAACCCAAGGUCUCUCAGAACAAAUUUCAGUCAAGGAAGCCGCGAUUCAACCUUGGAAGGAAAAAGUUGUGAGCAAGGAGAAUGAGAUUGCAGUUAUCCAGAGCAAGCUGGAUAUCUUGCACGAGCGUGCUAAUGCUGGUCAGAAAGCCGUCGAAGAGGCCGAAGCAAAGAUUAUUUCUAUUCAACAAGCCUACGAAGUCAUUGAUGCCGGUUUUAAGACUGGUCAGAAACAGGGAAGAGCCAUCAUGAGGGAUAUUAAGAGGCUGGAAGAGGAAUACGCUGAGUUUCAAAAACAGGAACCCGAUAUCAAGGCUGCAUUGUCAAACUCUCGUCAGAAGGCAGAUGAGGCAAAGGCAUCCUUGGCGGCUACCCAGAAUCAAGGAAACGUCUUGAGCGGUUUAAUGAGAUUAAAGGAAACGGGUAGAAUUGAAGGGUUUCACGGCCGAUUAGGCAACCUUGGGGCAAUUGAUGCCAAAUACGAUGUCGCUAUUACUACGGCAUGCCCAGCCCUGGAGAACAUGGUUGUGGAUACUGUCGAUGUUGGUGAACAAUGUAUCGCGCAUCUAAGAAAAAACAAUCUCGGUCGAGCCAAGUUCAUUCUUCUAGACCGAUUAGCCAAGCGAGAUCUCGGCCCAAUUCAGACCCCAGAGAACGUCCCCCGAUUGUUCGAUCUCGUCACGCCGAAGCUCGACGCUUACAAACCCGCUUUCUACAGCGUGCUUCAGGACACCCUAGUCGCUAAUGAUUUGACCCAAGCAAAUCGUAUUGCAUAUGGAGCGAGAAGAUGGCGAGUUGUUACAUUAGACGGUCAACUAAUUGAUAAAUCUGGUACUAUGUCCGGCGGUGGAAACAGAGUUUCGAAGGGUGGUAUGUCCAGCAAGCUUGUAGCCUCAACCACGCAGGCGACCGUUACAAAACUUGAAGCCGAACGGGAGACUCAAGAACAGACAUGGUCUGAAUUCCAGAAGCAACUACGGGCCAUCGAGGAUGCCCUGCGUGAGAAUAGAGAUCAAGUGCCCAAGAUGGAAACUCAACUCAAGAAGCAGCAAAUGGAGCUCGAGGCGAAGAAACAACUCGGGAUGGAUGCACAGCGACGACUAGAAGAACUCAAGUUGGAGAACAAACCAUCAUCGUCGCAUCACGGGGAAAUUAGAGCCUUUGAGAAGGAGAUCGCUGUCUUGCAAAAUCAUAUCACUAAACUUAAUAGUGAAACCGCUGGCGCUGAGGCAGAGAUCAAAACUUUGCAGGAUAAGAUCAUGGAAAUCGGAGGUAUUAGACUCAGGAGUCAGAAGACCUUGGUAGAUGGUAUCAAAGAAAAGAUCGAUACAUUGAACGAGGAGAUGACGGUCGCAGAGGCUUCAAGAGUUAAAGCUGAGAAGGCAAGGCAAAAAAAUGAGAAAGCGGAGAUGAAUGCGACGAAGGAGUUAGAAAGUGUGGAGAGAGAUUUAGGCAAGUUGACGGAGGAGAUGAAUAGCCAUGCCUGGAAAGCACGGGAGGCGAUGAAGGCCGCAGAAGCUCAGAAAGAUUUCACCGAUGAUUGCAAGGAGAAAUUAGCAGAGCUCAAGGCGCAACUUGACGAAAAGGCGUCAGAUAUCAGCGAGGCCCGAAGCAAGGAGAUCAGCAUGAAAAAUACGCUCGAGCAGCAUGAAAAGGCCCUAGCCGACAAUCGAAAAAGAUAUGCUCAUUGGAGGGAGAAAUUUUCUAAAUUAUCCCUUCAAAGUCUUGCUGAGAUCGAGGGCGAAGAAAUGCCGGAUGCUCCAAACCAGAUACCAGUUUACUCCACUGACGAACUCGCUGACAUGGACAAGGAGAAACUGAAGGCAGAGAUUGUUAUUCUGGAAGAAAAGCUCCAGAACGUCAAUGUUGAACUUGGUGUGCUGCAGGAGUAUAAGAGGCGGGUGGCAGAGUAUAACGAACGAAGCGGGGAUUUGAACGCUGCGGUUGCUGAACGUGAUGCAGUGAAGAAGCGGUGUGACGAUCUUCGGAAACGAAGGUUGGACGAGUUUAUGGAGGGAUUCAGUACGAUAUCUCUAAGGCUAAAGGAGAUGUAUCAAAUGAUCACAAUGGGGGGUAACGCAGAACUAGAGCUGGUGGACAGUUUGGAUCCUUUCUCUGAAGGUAUUCUUUUCAGUGUUAUGCCGCCAAAGAAGAGUUGGAAGAAUAUUUCCAAUUUGUCGGGUGGUGAGAAGACACUGAGCUCGCUUGCACUUGUUUUUGCUCUGCAUCAUUACAAGCCUACACCACUCUACGUCAUGGACGAAAUUGAUGCCGCCUUGGACUUCAGGAACGUUUCUAUUGUUGCUUCUUACAUCAAGGAGAGAACAAAGAACGCCCAAUUUAUUGUCAUUUCCCUUCGGAAUAAUAUGUUCGAACUUGCCUCACGGUUGGUGGGUGUCUACAAGGUGAGCCAGAUGACGAAGAGUGUAACGAUCGAGAACCAGGACUUCAUGGUCCGUAACUAG